AUGAUUGUUGAAAAGUUCCUAACUGCGUUCGUUUCAGAAACCCCGUUUUCCUCGGGUUCCGGAGUCGCAAUGUUAACGGGGGUUCUUGCUGUGCUUAUCGGUGUGCUUGGGUUCCGCUACCUUGUGAAGAAGUAUUUUGGGAAGGACGCUUCUCGAACGCCGAUUUUUUCCGAGAAAAACUUGAGUAAGCCGUUUGCUGGAGUGGAGACUGACGAAAAAAUCCGCAAUGCGGUUCUCAAGCAAGGAUUUUCGAUUGAAAAGGUACCUAGUGACCUCGACGCAAUUUUCAUCGGGAGUGGCAUCGGUUCCUUGAGUGCAGCCUGUUUUUUGGCCAAAGCCGGCAAAAAAGUACUCGUGUUGGAGCAGCAUGAUCGGGCUGGUGGUUGCUGUCACACUUUCACGGAAAAAGGCUUUGAGUUCGACACAGGAAUCCAUUACGUUGGGAAUGAGGGCCCUGGACAACCGGACCGAAUCUUGAUGGACCAACUCACUGGUGGUCGCCUCCAUUGGGACAAACUUGACGACGUUUACGACGUUGUGAAGCUUGGCACCGGGAAAGACCAGAAGACCUUCGAAAUCAAGAGCGGCUCACGUCAGAUUUGGGAGAACGCGCUCAUCGAGAAAUUUCCGGAUGAAGCUGAUGCGAUAAGAAAGUUCACGGCUGCUUACAAGCCGAUUCAUACAAGCUUCUUCUACGUUGGGAUGGUCAAGUUCCUGCCGUAUUGGCUGAUGAAAGUGGUUAUCAGCCUUGGAAUCAUUGACUGGGUUACUGAUUACAAUAAAUGGAAUAACAUCUGUGUCAGAGAUUUCAUCAAUGGUUUGACGACAAACAAGGAUUUGCGUCUGGUGUUGCAGUAUCUAUUUGGAGACUACGGAACGCUCCCUGACAAAGCCAGCAUUCCAAUUCUUUCUUUGAUUCAUGGUCACUAUUGGAAAAAUGGCGCCUUCUACCCGAGAGGUGGUGCAUCUGAAAUCCCAUUUCACGUCAUCCAAGAGAUUCAGAAAGCUGAUGGCGCGGUUCUGGUCAGAGCCAAGGUUCAAUCGAUUCUUCUGGAUGCUGCAGAGAAAAAGGCAAUUGGAGUUCGUGUGGAGAAGGGCUCUAAAACGUACGACAUCCAUGCACCAAAAAUUAUUUCCGGAGCUGGUUUUAGGAAUACAUUUGAAAAAUUGCUUCCGAAACCGGUAUCAAUGAGACUGAACAGAGUACAGGAAGUCAAGACGAAAGUGACUCCAAGUGCUUCAGCAUUCCAAGCCUUUUUCGGCUUCAACGGAUCCCAAGAGGAACUGAAGCUUCCGAAACAUAACACUUGGUUCUACAGCACGAAUGAAGAUCCGGCCAUUACUAUGAAGUCGUAUCUGAACAUGACCAGAGAAGAAGCUCUGAGUGCAGACCCACCGUUUGUGUUCAUCGCUUUCCCUUCAACAAAAGACUCGACUUACGUUGAGCGACAUCCAAAUAAAAUAUGUUGCACUGUGGUGUCCGUGUCGAACUACGAUUGGUUCCAGGAAUGGUCCAGCUCUCAAGCAACAAAACGUGGCGAUGAAUAUGAAAGCGUCAAGAAUACCAUGGGCCAGAGACUGCUUGAUAUGGUUCUUGAUCUCUUUCCACAGUUGCAGGUAUAGUUUCGACUACU